AGCUUGACGUUCGAUUUGGAACGAACCAACUCCAGGGAGAGUCGGGAGUGUCUAGCCACCCGACGCGACGUUCUGAGGGACGGAAGGCGCUAGAACGUUGUUUGAGGGUGGGGCGGACACGUGUCGCCCAGCAGCCUCUCCCCCGCGAGCUCGUGAAUGGUCCGCGCCGGGAGCGCGCGCGCUGCUUGAAGCGCCGGGCGAGCAGGGCGCUCUGACAGGGCUGUGGGCCGCGGCUCCUGCGGCAGUGCUGGACGCGAGGUGCCAUGGAUCCCGAGACCCGCGAACUGCGCGCCUUGGAGGCCGAGGUGGCGGCGCUGCAGCGGGAGUGCAGUAUGCUGCCGAAGCCCUGUCAGAAGACGUCGGGAACCCGGAAAUCACUUCAAAAAUUUCCCCAGUCAGAUUCUGAGGGAUGGGAAUCCUUGAAAGACCUGAGAAGUCAGCUUGGACAUUUACAAUCUGAACUUUCAUUUCUAAGUCAACUUACUGGCAUCAAUAUAAGAAAUUAUUCCAAGAUUGAGGACAUUACAAACACUGAAGUGACGGAAAAGGAUACAAAGAAAAUUCUACAGAGACACAGAUUAUCAGGAAAUUGCAACAUGGUUACAUUUCAACUGGAAUUUCAGGUUCUGGAAAUUGAGACUAAAGAGAAAUUAUCUUCUAUUAUAACUGACCUCAGCAUAAUAAUGGAACCAACAGAAUAUUCAGAAUUAAGUGAAUUUGCAUCUAGAGCAGAAGAGAAAAGAGAUUUGCUCAUGUUUUUCCGAAGUCUGCAUUUUUUUGUGGAGUUGUAUGAAUAUCGUAAGAACACAUUUAAGCAUUUUAAGCCGAGCAAGAUGCCCAAGGGAAAGAAGGCCAAGGGGAAGAAGGUGGCCCCGGCCCCCGCCGUCGUGAAGAAACAGGAGGCCAAAAAGGUGGUGAAUCCUUUGUUUGAGAAAAGGCCUAAGAACUUUGGCAUUGGGCAGGACAUCCAGCUCAAAAGAGCUCUCACACGCUUGGUCAAAUGGCCCCGCUACAUUAGGCUGCAGCGGCAAAGAGCCAUCCUCUACAAGCAGCUCAAAGUACCUCCUGCCGUUAACCGGUUCACACAGGCCCUGGACCGGCAAACAGCUACCCAGCUGCUUAAGCUUGCCCACAAGUACAGGCCAGAGACAAAGCAGGAGAAGAGGCAAAGGCUGCUGGCCCGUGCUGAGAAGAAAGCUGCUGGCAAAGGGGACGUCCCAACUAAGGGACCACCUGUCCUCCGAGCGGGGGUCAAUACAGUCACCACCUUGGUGAAGAACAAGAAGGCUCAGCUGGUGGUGAUUGCCCACGAUGUAGACCCCAUUGAGCUGGUGGUCUUCCUGCCUGCCCUGUGUCCAAAGAUGGGGUUCCCCUACUGCAUCAUCAAGGGAAAGGCCAGGCUGGGGCGGCUGGUCCACAGGAAGACAUACACCACUGUUGCCUUCACACAGGUUAACUCGGAAGACAAGAGUGCUCUGGCUAAGCUGGUGGAAGCUAUUAGGACCAAUUACAAUGACAGAUAUGAUGAGAUCCGCCGCCACUGGGGAGGCAACGUCCUGGGUCCUAAAUCUGUGGCUCAGAUUGCCAAGCUGGAAAAGGCAAAGGCCAAAGAACUCGCCACUAAAUUGGGUUAAAUGUACACUGCUAAGUUUUCUGUACAUAAAUAUAAUUACAAACUUAAAAAAAAAACUGAAUUCUUUGUUUUCUCCUAAGUUUUACAGUCCAUUUGGAAAAACACAAUAUACCUACCCACCUAGCUGCUAUGCAACAUCCCGUACACAAAGACAUCUAGAAAUGUCUCAAUAGAAGUACCAGGUGGUCAGUUAGGCAUAACUAAUAAACUCAGAUAUGACCUGAGUGUUAAUGCUAACAUAGCAUGAAGUACUGGAGGAAGCGUCUGGAAGGGUCAGACUUUAGGUACAGUUCUUCCUGUGCCUGGAAACUAGCUUUGGAAAGACAGAGGCUAAUAAAGUCAUGGAAACUGUAGUGAACUUGACUUCUUCUCUUGUUCCUUGAGAUGAGGGUGAGCUGACUCUCAAAACAUGUGUCCGGGCCCAUACAUUCACCCACCAACCCUAGGACUUUCUGACUUCACUGUCCUCCUAUCUCUGUCUUAUACUACAAGCCAGGUUCAGCCUAUCCUCUGACAAAUGGCCACUUCCAACUUCUCUGAUAAAAACAAAGUUGCUUCAUUUGGAGGAAUGGUAGGCUCACUUCCUUAUCAUUGACCUGGAUCUCCCAUGAGCCUUGUAUGAUGUGAUCCACUUAUCUAUUCGAAACAUAGUAUUUAGGUCCUUCUCUAGUUCCUGGCAUAUUUAUUCCUUCAUAACACCAGGCUAUAUAUGUUUUUCACUAGAUCAUAUCUUAGUAUUUUUAAAAAUCGUCAUGUACAAUAAGCCAAAUCUCAAAUUUAAGGAUACAGGUAGCAUUUCAUGUACAUAUGUACAAAGUCAAGACACAACAUUAAUGUUUUCCCAACCAUGGCUAGUCUAAGACUUCUUAGUGCACAUAUGUGCUAAUGAUUACAACAGAUUUAUGAGGCCAGACUGAACAGCUGUUUGUUACAACAUUAUUUCAAGAAGAAUGUUUGCUGUAAGGACAUUUAUCACUAUUUUUAUGAAAUUGAUGAAAUUUCAAGACUGAACAGGUUCCAUACUGAAAACAUUUAUAAAACUAUUUUUUAAAAAAGGAAAGAAAGAUAGAAAGAAAGAAAAUAAAACAGUUGAAAUAAAUGAAUCCUCCAAAUUCAGGGCAAAGUUCCAACUGUCAUUCUGAUUUUUAGCUUUAUGAGAGAGUCUGCUACCUUAACAAAGUUGGGGCAGGUGUCUGCAGCUGAAUACACCAUCCUUUCCUUGCAGGCUGUCAACUGUGGCCACACAUUCCCUGAGAGUUCUCAGGCCCUGGCAGGAGAAGCCUAGGCUGCUCUGCUCCUUGCAUCACUACUGUUUGACUGAUGGGCGCUCUUGCCUGGGUACUUGAUUUUCUACUUACAGUAACCCUGCCAGAAAGGGAGAGCUUCUCAGUUAAGUUCAUCAUUGGCUCUCUAAAGUGGCACCUUAAUGCAGCUAAAGAAAGUUACAGUCACCGGGCGGUGGUGGCGCACACCUUUAAUCCCAGCACUCGGGAGGCAGAGGCAGGCGGAUCUCUGUGAAUUCGAGGCCAGCCUGGUCUCCAAAGCAAGUUCCAGGAAAGGCGCAAAGCUACACAGAGAAACC